UCUAUGUGGUUACCUUUAUUUUUGUGACAACACAGCAGAUGUACGUUUUCUCGUUUCUUAAAGAUGAACUAAAUUAAAGUCGUUUAGUUAAACAUUAAACACACGCAACAGUGUGCAACAGACAACCUGUGCAAAUAAGACCACCGUCGGCCCGGUCGACGACGUAGCAGGAAGCGUCGUGCGUUGUGAGAUUCACACGAUUCCCAAUUAUGAUACCGCUGUCGCACAAGGAUCGCAGUAGCUUCGGCUACCGGGUCAAAGAAAAGUUAAGCAGCUGGAAGCGCCUCAUUUUCUCAGAUAGAAAUUCACGCAAUUUGUUUCUGUUCCUGCUGCUCAAUCUAAGCUUUGCCUUCGUCGAGCUCUUCUAUGGCAUUCUGACAAACAGCCUGGGUCUGAUCUCGGACUCGUUUCACAUGUUCUUCGAUUGCACGGGUCUCUUGGCCGGUCUUGCUGCCUCGGUAAUUACCAAGUGGAAGGCAACCGAUAAGUUCUCCUAUGGAUAUGUGCGUGCCGAAGUGUUGGCGGGAUUCGUCAAUAGCCUGUUCCUGCUAUUCAUCGCCUUCUUCAUAUUGUCCGAGGGUGUGGAGCGGUUAUUGGAGCCGCCAGAGGUGAAGCACGAGCGUCUGUUUGUGGUGUCCGUGCUGGGACUGCUGGUUAACCUGGUCGGCAUCUAUGCGUUUAAUCAUGGCGGCGGUCAUGGACACUCGCAUGGCGGCGGCGGCGGUGGACACGGCCACUCCCACGGCGGUGGCGGCAGCGCCUCCAAUCACGGGCACUCCCAUAGUCACAACGAAAUUAGCAAUCACAAUCACGAGGCCAUCACCUUGGAUAAUGGUCAUGGCCACUCGCACGAUCACGACAGCCACGGUCACUCCCACGGCGACAUGGGUGGCAGCAAUUCGCAGAUUAUGCGCGGCGUCUUCCUGCACAUUCUGGCCGACACCCUCGGCUCGGUGGGUGUCAUCAUAUCGGCUGUGCUGAUGCAAAUGUUCGGCUGGAUGAUAGCGGAUCCAAUUUGCUCGAUUUUCAUCUCCCUGCUCAUUGCGCUCAGCGUGCUGGGUCUAAUCAAGGAGUCCAUAUUGAUAUUGAUGCAGCGACAGCCAUCAACGUUGGACCGAUCACUGCCGCAGUGCUAUCAGAAGGUAACUGGCCUGGCUGGCGUCUAUGCCGUGCAGGAGCCGCACUUCUGGACGCUCUGCUCCGAUGUCUAUGUGGGCGCCCUCAAACUGGAGGUGUCCAAGAAUGUCGACCCCAAGUAUGUGGUGACGCAUACGAGGAUGAUUUUCGAGUCUGUGGGCGUGAAACAGAUCUACAUACAGCUCGACUAUGUGUGAUGAUGCAGCGGAACAUAAUCUAGCCUUAUAUAUGUAUAUUUAACAGCGCGUGUUGUAUGUUUGUGUAGUUCGACCCAGAAGAUGAUGAUGAAUUCUUUUAUCUAAAUUUUAGUUCAUUGGGCACGCUUGGCGGUGCCACCACCCACAACUACCCACGACCCCAUACCUUCCAAAAUCCCCUCCAAUCUUAAAUUGUACGAGUAAUAUUUUGCGAAUUUUGUUAACUUAUUUGUUGAGAAGAUGCGUUCGGGCAUUCAUUCCAUUUCUACUGAAAGCAUUACAGAACAGCUACAACAGCAAAAUUGUUUGUGUGUAGUACGGGGGCAGCCGGUGCUGUCCGUUAUCUAGAAGCAUAGUGUAAUUGUAAUAUAAGCGAAAGAACUUGUGCAAGAGUAAAUCUAUAUAGUCUCUUUUUUAUACAUUUGUUUUUCAAAUCUGAAUGAUCAAAAGCCAGAAGCAUACACACCUACAAAUAGUAUCUAGUUUGACUGACAUUUCCAAACACACACACAACCACAUUCCCCCAUAUAUGUAAAUGGGGGAAAUACAUUGAGUCAAAAACUAACUGUUCAUGUCACAGUUUGCAGCAUCAAAAUUAUGAACGAAAUAAACUAUAAUUUGUUAUUAGCCUUUUUAUACGUAAA